AUGGCACCACCAACCGAAAGAUUGUUCGAGAUGAUUUUGGAGCAGAACGCCCGUUUGAUGGUUAUGAUGGAGCGGUUCAACAACCAAGCCGCCCCAGCCCGGCAACAGUUAUUCGGCGUGAGGAUUUCGCUUUUCAACAAGCGGUAUCAAUGCUUCCAAGUAACCAAGCAACCGGAAGAGGAUUACAUAACCUACGCCGGACUCGUGAACAAGCGCUGCGAAGACUUUGAGCUGAAUCGAAUCACUGCCGAUCAGUUCAAAUCUUUGAUUUUCAUCUGCGGUCUACGAUCCCCGAAGGAAUCCGACAGGUUGCUGUCGAAAUUGGAAUCCGAAGGCGAAGGGGAAUGUAAACUGGAAACGUUAAUUAUCGAGUGCCAGCGUUUACAUAACCUCAAAUCUGACACGGCUAUGCUGGAACGGAAGCAACCAACGACAGCUUCAAUCUGCGCUAUCAACAAGAAAAAGCCGUCGUAUCAGCCCGCUUCUACAUCAAAGGAACCGUCAAGCGUUCCCAGGAGUCCUUGCUGGCAGUGUGAGGGAAUGCACUUUGUGCGUGACUGUCAAUUUUCCAACCACACCUGCAAAGUCUGUAAUAAAACGGGCCACAAGGAAGGCUACUGCAACUGCUUUUCGGCGAAGCCAUCAGCCGAAAGCAAAAGAAAACCGAAAAGGAAGCAGAAGCCCAAUGUCAACGGAAUUUUUGCUAUCAACCGAGAAAGCAGUUCAGCACCAAGAAAAUUCCUGAGUGUCAUCAUCGACGGAGUGAUGUUACGGUUGCAGUUUGACACAGCAUCAGACAUCACCGUCCUAUCAAAGCGCUCAUGGGAGAAACUUGGCUCACCACCGCUGCUUCCAACUGGUACCCAAGCAAAAACCGCUUCUGGAAAUUCCCUCAACAUCAUCGGUCAACUGCAAUGUAGCAUCACUCUGGGCAAUACCACAAAAUCUGGAUUGUGCUACGUGACGAACCAUCAACACCUGAAUCUUUUCGGUCUGGACUGGAUCGAAAUGUUCGAAUUGUGGUCACUUCCUCUUUCCACGAUUUGCAACCAAGUUCAAACCAACCAAGCUACAUCGAUCCAACACUACAAGGCGGCGUUCCCAAAUGUUUUCAACAACACACUUGGGCAUUGCAAGAAAACAAAAGUGCAACUGUUUCUCAAGCCGGAUGCACGACCCGUAUUCAAGCCGAAGCGACCAGUGCCAUUCACCUCAGUGGCAAAGGUUGACGCCGAAAUUGACCGUCUGGAGAAGCUCGGAAUUAUCACCGCAGUCGAUUUUUCUCAAUGGGCCGCUCCUAUCGUCGUGGUAAGGAAACCAGAAGUGGACGACAAAGCCAAGAACAUUCUCACAAUCAACACCCAUCGAGGUCUCUACCGUUUCAAUCGCCUCGCACCGGGAGUCAAGUCAGCACCCGGGGCUUUCCAACAGCUCAUGAACGGAAUGAUUGCGGAUCUUGAGGGUGUGGAAUCGUUCCUGGACGACAUCAUCGUCUUCAGCAAGACAUUUGACGAUCAUCACAAAUUCCUCAUCGCUCUUUUCAAUCGCCUUGAAGAAUAUGGUUUUCAUCUGCGAGAAGAAAAGUGCAACAUCCUCCAACAUCGCAUCAAGUAUCUUGGGCACAUUGUUGACGCCGACGGUCUGCAUCCUGAUCCAGCUAAAGUUGAAGCAAUCGCCAAGAUGCCACCCCCAAGCGAUGUCACUACGUUGCGCUCUUUCCUGGGCGCAGUCAACUACUAUGCCAAGUUCGUCAGAGAAAUGCAUCAACUAAGACGUCCACUCGAUGCUCUUCUCAAGAAGGAUGUCAAAUUCCAUUGGUCCCGUGAAUGUCAGCAAUCCUUCGACAGGUUCAAAGCUAUUCUUCAAUCCGACCUGUUACUCACACAUUUCGAUCCUUCGUUGGAAACUAUCGUGGCAGCAGACGCAUCAAAAUCGGGAAUAGGUGCCGUCAUCAUGCGCCGAUUUCCUGACGGUUCCCUCAAGGCGAUUGCGCAUGCAGCCAAGUCCCUGACGCAAGCAGAAGUCGGAUACAGCCAAGUGGAGAAGGAAGGAUUAGCACUGGUGUUUGCGGUAACCAAAUUCCACAGAAUGUUACUCGGAAGAAAGUUCACGUUGCAAACGGACCAUCAGCCGUUAUUGCGAAUUUUCGGCUCAAAAAAAGGUAUUCCGUUGCACACCGCAAACCGUCUCCAGCGUUGGGCACUCACGUUGUUGUGCUACGAUUUCAACAUCGAAUAUGUGUCGACAAAUCAAUUUGGCUAUGCUGAUGUGCUCUCCCGUUUAAUAAACAACCACACAAAACCAGACGAGGAUUUCAUCAUUGCUGUGGUGCAAUUGGAGGAAGACGUUCGUGUUCCACUAGACGAAGCGAUAAGUUCUCUACCAUUAACUUUUCGUAUGGUUCGCGAAGCUACCAGUCGGAAUCCUACUCUGCAGAAAGUCAUCCAAUUCAUUCAUGCAGGAUGGCCCUCAAGCAACAACAUUGAAGAUGCUGCUGUUCGUCAAUUUUACCCUCAUCGUGAAUCUCUCUCCGUGAUUCAAAAUUGUCUGAUGAUGACCGACCGUUUAGUAAUUCCUGAAUGCUUCCGUCAACGCAUUCUCAAGCAACUACAUCGUGUACAUCCGGGGAUUGAGCGGAUGAAGGCCAUUGCCCGAAGUCACGUCUUCUGGCCCAAAAUUGAUGCAGCCAUCGAAACAUUCGUCAAGCAAUGUGGUAAUUGUGCAUCACACUCCAAGUCACCACCGAAACUUCCACCGCAGCCGUGGCCGCAAGCGAAGACCCCCUGGGAGCGAAUCCAUGUUGACUUCGCUGGUCCUUUCUUCGAUCAACAUUUUCUAGUCGUUGUGGAUGCGCAUUCCAAAUGGCCGGAAAUUCGAAUCCUUCGAUCGCCUUCAACAUCAGCCGUGGUCGAAUUUCUAGAAGAGCUGUUCGCCCGAUUUGGAAAUCCAUCGACGAUUGUUUCGGACAACGGAAGCCAGUUCACAUCCGAACAGUUUUCAUCGUUCUGCGCUUCAAAUGGUAUUCAACAUCUUCGUUCAGCACCGUAUCAUCCACAGUCCAACGGCCAGGCAGAAAGGUUUGUGGACACACUCAAGCGGUCAAUGUUGAAAAUCAACGAGGGAGAAAAUAUCAACAAAACGCUACAGCGUUCCGAAGGAGUUUCACCAACCCAGUACGUCGAACCGAUUCAACAACAACCUUGUUCCUCUGCUACUAUCAACGAUCCUGAAAGUCAGCUCGACUCAACUAUCGAAGCAGACGAUCAAGCUGAAUUCCUGGAAGCCGUUGAAGAACAGAGCCCUCAACAAUCAACCCAAGAACGUAUUCCUCCAGGCUCCAGCCGACCUCAGCGUAUGAACAGAAUGCCGUCAAGAUUUGAGCCGUACCUAGUAUUCUGGAAAUAA